CGCCCGGAAACGCGCCGGCGGGAACCCGGGCGCGCAGUGCGCGUGGAGCCGGCAUCAGGGGCUGUGCCGCCCUGGAGCGCAGGUACGCCCCGGCUGCAGGGGCCGUAGGGACGGCGGGGUGUAGGGACGGCGCGCUCCCCGGACGGAGACCGGUCCCCAGGCCGCGCGAGCCCCGAAUGCGGGGCGCACCGCCCUCCCCUGCCGACCGAGGUAUGAACUGGAGGCUGUGGAAGAGCCCUCCUCCAGGGGUCGAGAAGUGGAGUCCAGUCCCCAGAAUCCCAAAGCCGCCCAGUGGCUCAGACCCCAGAUCCCCUUCCUCACACUCACUUCUCUAACAUAUUGGGCACUAUCCUCCAGGGCCUGGGCCACCGCCCUCUUGCGGUAGGUGAGAGUCCGGACGUCCUGUCAAAGGGGUUGGACCGGGGACUCUCCUGGGAGGAGGGGCCACAGCCAGAUGGCCUGACAGCUCCAGGCAUCCCUUGUCCAAAUUUCCAGAAUUAGGAUGCUCAGUCUCCCUUCCCCCUGAUCCCCCAGGCAGGUUCCCAGGCCCCUCUGCACACAGGGCUUGCCCAGCCUGCGGCCCAUUCUCCAGCCCCAUUUGGGCAGUGAUCUGUCCAGCCUAGACCCUGGGAUGUGUGGACCCGCUGGCACGGCCCAAAGGCUCCCUCUAGCCAGAGUUCCUGCUCCCCACUCCUGCCCGUUCCUCACCCCACUCUGCAGCCUCCCUGGGCCCUGCCUGAACAGGCCUGCCCGACAAGCUGGGACAUGUGUGGCCCUCGAGGACUGCUGGUGGGCGAUGGCCGCAGUAGAGGAGGGGCCGGAGCCCCAGGCAGCUGGUGCAGGAGAUGCGAGAGACGCCACAGAUGCUGUGGAUGCCGGGCCCAGGGUGCCUCCUCUCCUGGCCGGGAACCGGCUGAGUCUGGACCUGUACCCAGAGGGCUGCCGCUGGCUGCGGCACCUGUGUGCCCAGCAGCACCCUCAGCUGCUGGAGGUGGAGUUCUUGCAGCUGAGUGGCCACGAGGACCCUCAACUCCUGGAGGCCACCCUGGCCCGGGUGCCGCGGAGCCUGCCACACCUCCGCUCCCUGGUCCUCAAAGGGCCACACUGGGACCUGGACUGAGGGCCACAUCUGCCCUCCCUCUCCCAGGCGGGCAGUGCCGGGAUGCGCUGGGUGCCUGCCUCCCGGGCUCCCUGACCACGCUGCCGUCCAGCCUGGGUGGCCUGGCCCGCUUGGUCCACCUGGAUCUCAGCUUCAACAGCCUGGAGACACUGCCGGACUGCGUCCCGCAGAUGCGUGGCCUGGGUGCUCUCCUGCUGUCUCGCAACCGCCUCUCAGAGCUGCCCGAGGCGCUGGGGGCCCUCCCCGCCCUCACUUUCCUUGCUGUGACCCACAACCGCCUGCAAACGCUGCCCACGGCACUGGGGACCCUGUCAACUCUGCAGCACCUCGAUCUCUCUGAGAACCUCCUAGACACGCUGCCCCCCGAGAUCGGAGGCCUGAGCAGCCUUGCCGAGCUCAGCCUGGCCUCCAACCAGCUGCGGAGCCUCCCGGCUUCCCUCGCGGGGCUGCGUUCCUUGCGGCUCCUCAUUCUGCACAGCAACCUUCUGGCCUCGGUGCCCGCCGGCCUGGGCCACCUCCCGCUGCUCACUCGGCUGGACCUGAGGGACAAUCAGCUCCGGGACGUGCCCCCUGAGCUGCGAGACGCCCCCUUUGUGCGGCUGCAGGGGAACCCCCUAGGCAAGGCCCUGCCGGACUCCUGCAGUGCCCCUGGGACACCCGUGGUUCCGGAAAUGCCCAGACUGUUCCUGACCUCAGAUUUUGACAGUUUCCCCGUGACUCCCCAAGGCUGCUCUGUGACACUGGCCUGUGGUGUCCGCCUGCAAUUCCCCGCUGGUGCCACUGCUACCUCCGUCAUCAUCCACUAUCGACUGUGGCUGCCGGAACCGCGUCUCGUCCCCCUGGGUCCCCAUGACUCCUUGCUCAGUGGUGUCCUGGAGCUGCAGCCCCAUGGGGCGUCCUUCCAGCAGGAGGUGGGCCUGUGGCUGCUGUUUGUGCCCCCAAGGGUCCGGCGCUGCCGUGAGGUGGUGGUCAGGACCCUGAGUGAUGACAGCUGGAGUGACCUGGAGACCCACCUGGAAGAAGAGGCCCCUAAGCGGCUCUGGGCUCACUGCCAGGUACCACACUUCUCGUGGUUCCUUGUGGUUUCACGCCCUGUGUCCAACGCCUGCCUGGUGCCACCAGAGGGGACAUUGCUGUUCUCCUCGGGGAAUCCUGGGAUCAAGGUCACAUUUCCCCCGGGAGCCACCGAGGAGCCUUGUCACGUCCGCAUGCAGGUGGCCUGUCUGCUCCAGGUGGUGCACGUGGCAGACAGAGAGCUGCAGGGCCUGCUGGGGGAGCCUGCGGCGGCCGUGAGCCCCCUGCUCUGCCUGUCCCAGAGUGGCCCCUCUGGCUUCCUCCGGCCAGUCACUGUGCAGCUGCCUCUGCCCCCUGGCAUCACAGGCCUCAGUCUGGACCGCUCCCACCUGCACCUGCUGUACCAGGCCCCUCCCACAGCCACCUGGGAUGACAUCACAGCUGAGGUGGCACUGGAGCUCACCCACCUGUAUGCUCGCUUCCAGGUCAUGCACUUCUCCUGGUACUGGCUCUGGUACACCACCAAGACCUGCGUAGGGGACCUGGCCCGGAAGGCCUGGGCACGGCUGCGGCUGCACCACGUGAACCUCAUCGCACUGCAGAGGCGGCGGGACCCUGAGCAGGUCCUGCUGCAGUGCCUGCCCCGCCACAAGGUGGACGCCACCCUGCGGCGGCUGCUGGAGCGGUACCACGGCCCCGAGCCCUCCGACACGGUGGAGAUGUUUGAGGGCGAGAAGUUCUUUGCUGCCUUUGAGAGGGGCCUGGACGUGGAUGCCGACCGCCCAGACUGCGUGGAGGGCAGGGUGUGCUUCGUCUUCUACUCGCACCUGAAGAAUGUGAAGGAGGUGUACGUCACCACCACCCUGGACCGGCAGGCGCAGGCCGUGAGGGGCCAGGUGUCCUUCUAUCGGGGACCGGUGCCCGAGGAGGUACCUGAAGAGGCAGAGGCUGCCCGGCAGAGGAGAGGCGCAGACGCCCUGUGGAUGGCCACUCUGCCCAUCAAGCUGCCGAGGCUGCGGGGCUCUGAGGGGCCAGGGCUGGGGAGAGGGGCUGGUCUCUCCCUGGCACCUCUGAACCUGGGCGACGCCGAGACCGGCUUCCUGACCCAGAGCAAUCUGCUGAACGUGGCCGGGCGCCUGGGCCCUGACUGGCCGGCCGUGGCCCUGCACCUGGGCCUGUCCUACCAAGAGCUGCAGCGCAUCCGGCACAAGUUCAGAGACGACCUGGACGGGCAGAUCCGCCACAUGCUCUUCUCCUGGGCUGAGCGCCAGGCUGGGCAGCCAGGGGCCGUGGGGCGGCUCGUGCAGGCCCUGGAGCAGAGUGACCGGCGGGACGUGGCCCAAGAGGUGCGGGCCAUCUUGGAGCUCGGCCGCCGCAAGUACCAGGAUGGCAUCCGUCACACAAGCCUGGCUCCCGGGGACGAUGCCUCACCUGGCGCUUCGGCCUCACAGCCCCCGGAGCCUGCCCAGGCCUAGACCUGCUAACUUUCGGCUGGCCCCUGAUGUGCGGUGGCCUGCGCUCCAAGGCCCCCACUUUCAAGCCUUCCCUGUGCAUGGGAGCAGUGACCUCCUAUGUGUGACCAACAUGCUCUGUUCUGGUCGCUGUCUCAGA